GCCAAUGUUUUUCAUAUGACAGCUGACAUGAUGGCGCCCUCCAGGUACAUGUGGCUUGCCCUCUAUUGUACAUGCAUUAUAAUGUGAGUGGACGGGGUGGGCGCCUGGUACAUUGGCGCAGAGUGCUGACUGGCCGAACACGAUGAUGCGAUGUGUGUUUCACAGGGUGAUCGCCGGUAGAGGACAGCCUCUGCUCCCACGUGUCCUCACACCAGCUCUGCUGAAGCAUGGCUUUGCUUCCGCUGGAGUUUCUCGCCGACAUUUCAAGAAGGACCUCUUAUCCAUCCUGGAUGGCUCUGUUUCCCCAGUGACUGUCACAGAGAUCCGCCAGUAUCUCAGAGACAACAUGAUCUCCUUCCAUGAUGGCUACAGCUGCCUGCAUGUCCCCAGCCCCUUCACCCCUAACAAAGACCACCUGCUCUUCAUUGACAAGACUACAGGGAGGUUUCUCUGCAAGGACACCUUGCUGGAGGGCACCUGGGAGGACUUUAAGGACAGCAUGGAUCUGCUCACCAAGGAGGGCUCCUCCUUCCUCAGUCCUGAGACCCUGAGAAGCUACCUGCAGGACAGCGACUCUGAGGAUGGAGAGCGGCAGCUGAACCACACGGAGAUCAGCAGGAUCUGGAAUAAAGCCCUGUGGUUCCAUGACCUGGAGGAGGAGGAUGCCCAGCUGAUCAAAGCCAUGUUUAACAUCUCAAAAAUAACCAACACUACCCUGAACAAGUUCGGAGUCAAGUGUUUCCAACCUACCAAAAGUCUAGUGUUCCCAUGGUACAACCCACGAGAUCUCACCAUGAAAGGGUUAAAGUUGCUGUCCGCUGUGUGUCAGGCUGAUGUGGUGAAUUACAUUGAGACGGUUUACCCCGUACCUUCUCGUUACCAUAACCUGUUUGGAAUUACAGUGAUGGGGAAGAAGGACACGGAGGUGGUGAUCACCAGCCAAGAAGUGGAUAGUUUAGCUGUCCAUCAGGCCACGGGGAUCACCACAGUAUCUUUACCACGUGGGAUAAAUUGUUUCCCACCUGUUCUUUUGCCGUUUCUUGAGCAGUUUAAGCGCGUCACCCUAUGGCUUGGUGAUGAUCUGCGCGCCUGGGAGGCUUCCAAAUUGUUCUCUCGGAAACUAAGUAUCAAGAGGUGCUCUCUGAUACGGCCCGGGGAUACACAGCCGAGUCCACUGAAAGCCUUCAAUCUGGGGCUUAACCUAAAUAAACUCAUCAAGGCUUCUCUUCCAGCUAGCCACAAGUCUAUCAUCUCAUUCCGUCAGCUGAGGAGUGAUGUCUUCAGUCAGUUGGAGAAUACAGAGCAAGUGGCUGGGGUGAAAUGGGCAAGAUUUCCUGAACUGAACAAGCUGCUUAAAGGCCACCGCAAAGGGGAACUGACAAUAUUUACAGGCCCAACUGGUAGUGGAAAAACGACAUUCAUCAGUGAAUAUGCUCUGGACCUCUGCAUGCAAGGGGUUAACACUUUAUGGGGGAGUUUUGAACUCAGCAACGUUCGCUUGGCAAAAGUUAUGCUGACCCAGUUCUCCCUGCAGCGACUGGAGGAGAGGCUAGACCAGUACGACGAGUGGGCCGAUCGAUUCGAAGAGCUGCCACUUUACUUCAUGACUUUCCACGGAGAGCAAAAUAUAAAGUCUGUGAUUGACACCAUGAAGCACGCUGUGUACAUGCAUGAUAUUAACCACGUCCUCAUUGAUAACCUGCAGUUCAUGAUGGGCCAGGAGCAUCUCUCUUCAGAUAAAUUUUCAGUACAGGACUACAUAGUUGGGGCAUUCAGGAAAUUCGCAACUGAAAAUGACUGUCAUGUGACUUUAGUCAUUCAUCCCAGGAAAGAAGAUGAUGACAAGGAAUUGCAAACAUCCUCAAUUUUCGGCUCUGCAAAAGCCAGCCAAGAGGCAGAUAACGUUCUCAUACUUCAAGAUAGGAAACUGGUCAGUGGCCCAGGGAAGAGACAUUUACAGUUGUCGAAAAACCGCUUUGAUGGAGACGUUGGGGUUUUUGCACUGGAAUUCAACAAGUCCACACUGACUUUUACUUCUUCCAAGAGCAAGGCAAAAGUGAAGAAAGUUGCCAAGGAAAAUGAGGACGCUGUGUCGGAUCAGGCACCACCAAAAAAGAAGUAAACAGGAACGUUUGUGCUUGCUGCUGAACUGACAUUUCAAUUGGGUUUUUUGUACAUCUGUGUCCAGGGCCAGGAUGGACAUGUCAUACGUUUGUGAAUACAUAUUUGUUAUGUAAAACACUAUUUUAUAUUGUUGGUCCUCAUUUCAAGAUGAAUCUGUAAGCUAAAUUUCAACAUUUUGUUAAUUUUUAGUAUAAAACAUGUUGGAGUGACCUGUUUGUCAUCUAUCAGAUGUCCUGAUAAAACAGAAAAAAUGCACAAAAAAUAUGUACUUUUUCUCACUGGGAAAAAAAAUGUGAAUUGCACAGAUAUUUUUAUAAUAUUAUUAUUUUUUUUUUUAUUUUUUUUUUUUUUUUUAAAGCUUGUUUUUCAAAACCAGUCAGGUGACCUGGCCCUCAGUGACCAUACACAGUAGACAUAGGUUAGAAGAACCUGCUGCCUUCACAGAACCGGCAGACCUUCUAAUGUGUGUGAAAUGCUCUGCUGACAGUUUGUUCGGCAGGUGUCAAGGGAAGACAGGAUUGGGCAUGUUUACUUUAAGCAUGCUCAAUCCUUUUGUUUUAAAGGAAGAUAAGCCACAAUAAGAUGUCUGGGAGCAGCAGCAUAUUCCCUUUAUUACCCAUGUUCAUUUUCUUGCUCCAUAAGUGCUGAGUGGCAGGACUCUUCAGAUGUGUCGCCCUCGUACAGCAUGAUGCCCACAGGCUGAGGAAGAUGGACUGCAGCCGCCCUCCCUUUCACUGUGGCUACUAUUUCUAUGUGUUAAGUUCCCAAUGUGCUCCACUUCUGCUGAUGUUCUGACACAGCAAGGACUGCUGCUCAGCCAAUCACAGGCUGAAGCGGGUCAUUACUGCAGCCAGUGAUUGGCUGAGUGGCAUUUCCUACCAUGUCAGGACAUCAGCAGAAAGUGGAGCACAGCAGGGACCUGGGCUGCGAGAGAACUGCAGAGGUGGGGGAUUAGGAGAUCAGUAUUUUACAUCAUUUCUAUUUCACUGCACCCCUUUAUUUGGGUGCACCCCUUUAAAGCUACUUCUAAUAUGUGUAUGCUGCAUCUUUAGAAUGAUGUUUUUUUUACCAUUUUGUAACUUCCUCAGGACUCUUCACUGCUAUACAAGUUUUAUAUUAAAGUAGUCUCUGGUUUUCAUAUUUGCUUCAGUAGUAAUGCAACUGUGGUUUUAGUUCUCAUGGUUAUAUACAAUACUGUGGAUCUCUAGAGAUGACCCGAAGGGGAAUAAGUGAUCAACUGCUAAAACUUGGCUUUUAUUCUAUCAUAUUAAUCAUGGCCAACACCAGAAUAUCUGAUACAACAAUAUGAAACUGCAGUUCUCCUCUGGUGCUGCGAAACCACAAAUAGCGGUCCACAGUGCAUGGGCAUCGGCUGUGUGCCUGCCAUUUGCGGACCCAUUGACUUGAAUGGGUCUGCGAUCCACAAGAUUCAGCCCACACCACAAAAAAAAUGAGAACUUGCACUAUAUUUUUGUGGUGCGAAAGCAGGGACCGAAAUUCAAGGGAAGCACUCAAUAGUGCUUCCAUGCGCUUCCGCUCUGUAUCUUGUGGAUCACGGGCCCAUUCAAGUGAAUGGGUCUGCAUCUGUGAUGCAGAGCAAACACGGCCAGUGCCCUUUACGGUCUGCAAUACGGGCACACACACGUUCGUGUGCAUGAACCCUUACUCGGCACUCUAGAAAUCACUGGUUCGUAUAAUGUAUUGGUUGUUUCCUGAUUGUUUGUAAUCUGCAUAUAUUGGGAUGUUUUCUGCCCCUACUAUGCUCUAACAUAUAGAGUGUCCGCCUGGUCAGGAGUCUUACCCUGUAGCUGCUAAGUGCACUAAGGGUACUUUCACACUUGCGGCAGAGUGAUCCGGCAAGCCGUUCCGUCGCCGAAACUGCCUGCCGGAUCCAGCA